AUGCAUUCUUCUGAUCCAACAACUUCGAACUCGUCCCUCGAUAACAAUCCAACUGAUACGACUAAUCACCUUGAACGACUCAAACAACAAUCACAACAUUGUAAUGGAAAUGCCCAUACAAAUCAUUCCACGUCCACGUCCACGUCCACGUCCAUAUCAACCCAAACCCAUUCUAAUCAAGUCAACCUACAACUACUUACAAACAGUCAAAAAGAAAUCCUGAGACUUGUUGGACAACACUUACAAAGUAUUGGACUGAGUAACACAGUCGAAAGUCUUAUAACCGAGAGUGGUUGUGUACUUGAAAAUGAACAAGCAUCCAACUUUCGCGAACUCAUUAUGUUAGGCAAAUGGACAGAAGCACUUGUUGCACUUGAUCAAUUGAAACAGUAUAUCGAAGAACAAGACGGCAUAUUGCAAAUGAAAUAUUUAAUUCUUGAACAGAAAUAUUUUGAAUUAAUUGAAGACAAUCAACCUAUGGAUGCACUGUAUUGUUUGAGAAACGAAAUUCGAUUAUUGAAUAUUCGGAUCGAACGAACCCAUCAAUUAACUGCGUUUCUGAUGUUCAAUUCCAUCAAAGACAUGUGUAAAGCAGCAAGUUGGAGUGGCAAAGGUUUUGCAUCAAGAGAAAGUCUAAUGGAGAAAUUACAAAAAUAUUUUCCACCAAAUAUCAUGUUACCACCAAAACGGCUGGAAUCAUUACUAUCACAAGCGAUCGAAUUUCAACAAGACCGUUGCACAUAUCAUAUUAAACCUGGCAAAUUAUCGAUUGAUGAUGUUUCCUUACUUCAAGAUCAUGCUUGCACUAAGCAUACAUUACCCUGUGUGACAAUUCGAACACUAACUGAACAUACCGAUGAAGUAUGGUUUUGUAAAUUUUCUCCGGAUGGUACCAAACUUGCUACUGGUUCAAAAGAUGGCAAUCUAAUUAUAUACGAUGUUGAUAUGGAAACAUACGAAAUCAAACUACGAAAACAAUUCGAUGGCCAUACGUUUGGCAUUGGUUGUAUAGCUUGGUGUCCAUUUAGCCGAUACAUCAUCGCAUGCGGCACAGAUGAAUGCAAUGAAAUAUUGAUAUGGGAUGUCCAUAGGGAAGAACAGCGAUCACGUAUAAACCAUACGACAGACGAUAGUUUAACAUGCGCUGCUUGGUUACCUUGUGGAACAAGAUUUGUUUGUGGAGGAUCACGUGGACAAUUCUAUUACUGUGAUAUUGAUGGUAAUGUAAUCGAUAGUUGGGAAGGUGUACGUUUACAAUGUUUAAACGUAACUACCGAUGGAAUUAUCCUGGCAGCAGAUGCACAAAAACGUAUUAGUUCUUACAAGUUUGAUAGUCUAACUGAUCAACAAAUUAUCCAUGAAGAUCAUCCAAUAAUGUCCUUUACCAUCAGCAAAGAUGGUCGUCUAGCACUUCUGAACAUUGCGACACAAGGUGUUCAUCUUUGGGAUUUACAUGAUCGUCAAUUAGUUCGUAAAUAUCAAGGUGUAACACAAGGACAUUAUGUUAAUCACGCAACAUUCGGCGGACCCAACGAAGAGUUUAUUGCAAGUGGUAGCGAAGAUUCGAAAGUUUAUCUCUGGCAUCGAAGACAUGAACGUCCAAUCAUGAUCUUUUCUGGACAUUUACGUACUGUUAAUUGUGUUUCCUGGCAUCCUAUUCUCCCCUUACUAUUCGCUUCAGCAUCCGAUGAUGCCACAGUUCGAAUCUGGUCAACGUCUGAUCAUCAAAUAAAAACAGAAUCAUUGAUUAACAGUGAUUGA